UGUCUAGACUGAUCGGAUGAUGAGACAAUUCCCAUCGUUUCCCUGUUUCCUAUUGCCUCUCUCCGGUUCUAUGACCCCUGGUGCCAUUACCUCCUCCUCCUACUUAGGUACUACUAGUACUAGUAAAGUACUAAGAGUUAUACAUACAUAUACGUACAUCCAACAAACCUACAUACAUACAGACAGAACUUACAUUCUGAUGUCCCCAUUUCCGGCUUGGCUUUUUCUUAGUUCCAGAUCCAUUCAUACAUUGAUUACUAUUGGACUCAGUCUCCAUGUUCUUUUGAUUUUCCUGAUUUGCCUCCCACGAGAGUCCACCUUUUCUUUUUCUUUUUCUUUCCUUUUCCCCUUCCUCUCGUGACUCCUUCCGGCUCUUCGUAUUCUGUGAAUUGUGAUCGUCUCAUUUCUGAUCUUAAUAGCUCGCCUUCUCUUCCGAUCCUCCAACUUCCUCCAAAAACUUAAUUGACCGUGUUCGCCUCCUUCAACAAGGGUCAGAUUGUUAGUUAUGGCGUCUUCGCGAUGGUGGCUUCUCGUGCAGGCCGUCUUUUGGCGGUUUCUAAUGCGCAUUGGCAUGUUCAUCCACCAUAUUUCAUUCCCACGACCUCCUCGUCGCACCUUCGUACGAUCCAUCCCGUGCGGGUCAUCACGAAUUGAUUUGUACUUCUACUGUCCACCUGAUUACUUUCGGGAUAUUAAAGAAGGUCGCAGAUUUCCAGUAGUGGUUAAUUUUCAUGGUGGUGGGUUCACCCUAGGAUGUCCGACCGACGAUAGUCGCUGGGCCCAGUCCGUCCUGGCGGAAGUUGGCGCCGUCAUGGUCAGCGUCGGAUACCGUCGAGCCCCCGAACAUCCGUUUCCUGCCGCUGUAGAUGACGGGGUGCGAGCGAUCCAGUAUCUCUCCGCCCAUGCCAUUGAACUAGGACUAGACGUCUCACGCAUUGCCCUCAGUGGGUUUUCCGCUGGCGGCAAUCUGGCGGUCACGGUACCUUUACGCCUCCGCAGUCUAAUGUGUCAGGAAUCCCGCGAUCCAUGGCUGGAUCGUGCGGAGUCCACCGAACAGCUUGUCGAUGCGUCCGCCAGCGACGUCAACAUCGUUGCCCUCUUUUGCUGGUAUCCCAUCUUGGAUUUCGAAGAGUCCCGUGAGCAUCGGCGGGCCGCGAGCAUCAUGCCAGAUAAGACCCUCCCGGAGUUCUUCACCAAUCUCUUCGAUGAGGCAUAUUUGCCGGAUCUAGCGGAACGCCGAUCGCCGUAUGCAUCUCCUGUUCGGGCCGCGGAUGCCCUUCUCGCCGAUGCUCUUCCCCAUGACAUAUUUUUCUACAUUUGUGAAUGGGACAUGCUCCUUAACGAAGGUCAGCAAUUCGUGCGUCGCUUACAAGAUAUUAACAAGCAUGUCCGCGCCAUGAUGAUUGAGAAAGUCCCACAUGCCUGGGAUAAGUCCCCGAACCCGUGGCGGGAUCAGGAACAAGUAGAUAUCCUCUAUCGCGACGCCUGUGCCGACAUGAAAGCCAUCUUUAAUGCGUAGACGUUACACCGCGGUUUUAUGUCGCUCCUUUGGGCCUAUCAACCACCUCGCUUUUCUUUUUCUUGGAUUUUGAUAGAUGUGCAUUAACGGCGUUGGGUCAAGCGAGUAUGCGAUU